CGCGGCGUCGGCGGGGAAAUGGCUGCCGCGGGCCUGGUGGCGGUAGCUGCUGCAGCGGAGAGCUGUGGUUCAGCGGCGCCGGGGGCCCCACCGUCCACGCUGAGCUGCGGCUCGAGCUCUGGGGCCGCGCCUGGUCCCUCCCCCGGAUCCUGGAGCCGCUCCCUGGACCGAGCGCUGGAGGAGGCGGCGCUCACCGGGGUGCUGAGCCUCAGCGGCCGGAAACUGAGGGAGUUUCCUCGGGCGGCUGCCAGUCGCGACCUGACGGACACGGUCCGCGCGGACUUGUCACGAAAUCGCUUGUCAGAAGUUCCCAUAGAAGCUUGUCACUUCGUUUCUCUUGAGAGUCUAAACUUGUACCAGAAUUGCAUUCGGUAUAUACCAGAAGCGAUUCUAAACCUGCAGGCCCUGACAUUCUUAAACAUCAGUCGGAACCAGCUGUCAACACUGCCAGCACAUUUGUGUGACUUGCCGUUGAAAGUCUUGAUUGCUAGUAAUAACAAAUUGGUCUCCCUUCCAGAAGAAAUUGGACAUCUCAGACAUUUAACGGAGCUUGAUGUGAGCUGCAACGAGAUCCAAACAGUGCCUCCCCAGAUUGGGGACUUAGAGGCCCUGAGAGACAUCAACAUGAGGAGAAAUCACUUAGUGCGACUGCCGGAAGAGCUGGCUGAGUUGCCUUUGUUACGGCUGGACUUCUCCUGCAAUAAAAUCACAGCCAUCCCUGUUUGUUACCGGAACCUGAGACACCUGCAGAUGAUUGCUCUGGAGAACAAUCCGUUGCAGUCACCUCCUGCUCAGAUAUGUAUAAAAGGCAAGAUCCACAUAUUUAAAUACCUGAACAUGCAAGCUUGUAAGAUCACGCCAGAUCUGCCAGACUGUGAGAGGAGGCCCCUGGGUUUUGGUUCCUGCCACGAAGAAUUGUAUUCAGGUCGCCCUUAUGGAGCCCUUGAUUCCGGUUUCAACAGUGUGGACAGCGGUGAUAAAAGGUGGUCAGGCAAUGAACCUACAGAUGAGUUUUCAGAUCUGCCUCUGCGAGUAGCAGAAAUUACUAAGGAGCAGAGACUACGGAGAGAAAGCCAGUACCUGGAGGCUCGCGGCAGCCUGGUGGUCACAAAUGGAGGAGGUGAACAUGAUCUGGAUCAGACUGACUACAUUGACAGCUGUGCUGCGGAGGAGGAAGAUGAGGAGGAGGAUGAGAAACGGCCUAAGAGUCUGGACACAGACAGCCUCAGCUCACAGUUCAUGGCGUACAUUGAGCAAAGGCGGAUCUCCCACGAGAGCUCCUCGGUGAAGUCAGUGGGCACCAGGGAGCGCCGUAAACCAGAAGACGUGAGAAAACACCCACAUCCAGACAGAUUUCCAGUUGAAUCAUCGUCUUCUUUGUCACUAAUACCAAGUCACUAUCAGCAGAAGGCGUCACAAAGUCCACAGAAGCAGCAGUGCGCCCUAGGUGGUGAGAAAGAUGACAGAUCUUACUCUGUAUCAAGUUCACCUACCACAGAAACAGUCCAUCACUCUCCUGCAUAUUCUUCUCCUGCUACUACCCAGAGGCACCAGCCCCAACGCCCGGAAAGCUUCCUUUUCCGAACAACUGUCAGGAAAGAAACAAGCAGAGGCCAUGCUUCACCCCUUUCACCAGCUGUCCUUGCAACUGAUUCUACGGAACCCUUACUAAGGCAGAAUCCAAAGCAGAGAGAGGAAGAGCUGGAAUUAAUAGACCUGCUACGCAAGCAUAUUGAAUAUCGGUUGAAAGUCUCUCUGCCUAAUGAUCUUGGAGCAGCCCUGACUGAUGGCGUCGUUCUUUGCCAUUUGGCAAAUCACGUGAGGCCUCGUUCUGUUCCGAGCAUUCACGUCCCCUCGCCCGCUGUUCCUAAAUUAACAAUCGCAAAAUGUAGGCGAAAUGUAGAGAAUUUCCUGGAAGCUUGUAGGAAAAUUGGUGUACCUCAGGAGCAGUUGUGUCUGCCUCAGCACAUUUUAGAAGAGAGAGGUCUGAGCCAGGUCGCGGCCACGGUCCACGCUCUCCUGGAGCUCGCCCCACCCAAGCCGCAGUCGCAGCUGCAACUACCUGCUGUCUAAGGACCUCGACCCCGACCAUGAGCCGGGCCAGACAAGGAGCAGGACAGCGUGGUGGCCGCCCCCAGCCGUGGCCGCACAGAGCCGUGCAGGGUCCUGAGAGGGAGCUCUGCCUCCUCUCUCCAUUGUAGGGGAAGCUGUAUCUGUUCCCUCUGACCUGUUGAGGAUAUGCUUGUUGGUCACAGAUGAAGCUCAGUUCUGCCGUCACCGAGAACGGCGCUUGCACUCGCUUACCUUUGCCUGUCCACGACCUAAACUUGGAAGUUCCUUGGAAUCUCCUUGCCCAUCUGUCCACACGGACCACAUUGCUGGGAAGAUGCAGAAGCAGGUUCUCAUGCCAGGCGGGGUGUCUGUUUUCCAGUCACACCUCAGUGGAGCUGUUAAUGCAUGACUACGUGGCUACUUUGUCUAAGCAAAAUAAAGGUGAUGUGUCAGGCCUGCAUUUUCCAGAGAGAAGCAGAUACGAGUCUCAAGCAGUAUCCUGGGCUCCCGGCCACUCCCCACAGCUCCGGCCUACCAGCUUUCCUGCAGUCCGGCCCUGCCACAUCCUGACGAAGAGCCAGGCCGUGGGCGAGCGGCCGGCACCACUUGAUGGGGGCCUCUCCCCUCAUGCCACUCUGGGAGGCCCAGGCCUGCAGGUGCUCCCUCCGGUCACCGCAGACCCAGAAAAUUGAUGAGAAAGGGAUAAAGGAGAAACCCAGCCACUCCCGUUGCUGCGCGGCCACCGCCGGUUCCCACAGGCCGUAUGGGAGCAUGUGGGGCAGCUCAGAAAGGGCUCGGUGGCCUCUGUCCCAGCUUCGCCACCAGCACCUCUCGCAGGAGGCGCCCUGCGCGGGGAGGGCGCGCAGACACAGACCCAGGAGGCCCUGGGGUUCCUCUCGGUCGUCAGCGAUGUCUGUGAGGAGACCAGCCGCCAGGCUUUGCUGUUGCUCACGGGUCCCGGCCUGUUGUGUGCAUGUAAGCAUGGUGUUUCCUGUGUUCGGGUCCGUGCGGCACCUGAAAGUGGUGGCUGGCUGCUCAGGACAGUGCUUUCUCCUUGCUUUCUGAGGGAAGUAAGCUCAGAGCACCCCCACCCUGUCCCGAUGUCGGUUCAUGCAGACACCAGCUCAGGCUCUCCUGAAUCAGAAACCGUGUCUUUUUUUUCAAUGCCGUGCUGAGGAGCACUCCCCCUGCCCAGUUUCUGCUCUUUGUUGUCAGGAACAAAGCAGGAAGACACCCCAAAGCUCCUCUCUUUUCUGUGGCUCUGCCUGUGCUCUUUAUGGUCCUCUCAGGUGAUGCCAAGGACCCACGAGGCCUCGCGGGCGGGGGAGCCCGACCCCGUCCCCCACCAGGCAUCUCCCGGCCGUAGAGAGCCUUCCAGGCUGGUAGCCACACCCGCACCCGCACCCGCUGUGUCUGCUAGUCACCCCUUGUGUGUGUCUCUACACAAGAGGUGUUUGGUCAAAAAUAGGCCUCAGGACUAUCCAGAUCGCAGAGGGCCACGGGAAGUGACACUGUUUGAGAGCCGGUGAGCACACGUGGAGCUUGGAAGAGAAGGGGGAGGUGAGGACAGCGCCAGCUUACUGAGUGCUGCUAACAGCGGAAACUUCACUGCAGUUUACACACAGCGUGAAACGGUAUUAGUAGGUUUUUAUCAAGCUGAUUGAAGUUUGAUCACUGUUCAUCUGUUAGAAGAAAUAUGUGCAAUUUCGGUUAAUGGUGAAAAACGUAUCAAAUCUAUUGAGUUUGUCUUUGUCGAGAUGCAGAAUCCAUGAUACUUGUCCUCAGCGUUCUGUAUGUGCCUUGGGAUAGAUCGGAAAGGAAUCUUCAGUCAGCCCUAGAGCUAAACGCAGGCAGAAUGAGAGCGGCUAGGGGCUACACCUGGCUGCGGCUCAGCUCUGCCGAAGCCCAGGGACGAGUCCCCACACCCAGCAGGGCUCUGCCGGCUGAGGAGACUUUUAGGCCGCAGACUCCAAACCGAUUCUCUCCUGUAGUAAGUGGGUUGGAAAUGGGUGUGGGAGGAGGGGAGGACUGGGGCUGAGCACAGUUGUAACGGGGGCAGCGGGUCAUUCUCCCAGCAGCCGUGGAAAAGGCCUGACAGCUGAUGGAGGGUCAUUGCUCUCCCCGAACCCAGCGGUGACCGGGGUGUGUGGCUAUGGAGAGGCGUGUGGCGAGGUUUUAAAAGCUAAGACUGACGUGGCUGUGGGGUGGAGGAGGACGUGGAUACUGAGCAAUCUUCACCUGUGUAUUGCCGUGCGAGGGGCUAGCACAGAUCCCAUUCGUUUCUGAAAACAGUGUAAACAUGUAAGUAGGAAAAAUGCUUUGUAAAAGUGUCCUAUAUUUGUAUGUCUGUAAAUAUAACACACAAGUUCUAAAUAUAAAUAUGUCAGUAUCAUGUUAUUUUGAAUUGCCUUUAUACCACCUUACCUAUGGACAUGAACUAAAGCCUGCAGCAGCAUGAAAUAAAGACAGGCCUGAAAGGUCCGUG